CCGGUGUCUGAUUAAACGAGAAGGAAGUGUGGGAGUGGAGGCUUGCGAAGCUCUCCCUUUAAGAGGCAGCCUGCAAUGACGAAUUGUUGAAAUUGCCAUUGCAGGAUGGCAUUCCACUAUAAAUUCAUUGUUCCACCUCCUCUCAUCUUCACAGCUCUCGCUCUUCUCCUCUUGUUCACAUCGGCGGACUGGGGAUAACGCCGCCGCCACCAAACACCCAUUAAACUCGGAGAGGGAGGAGGGGGAACCUUGAGAAUCUGGGACCUUUCUCCCACCCCCUGACCAGCAAGGGAGGGCUUGUUUUCUCCUACCUCUCUCUCUCUCACACACACACAUUCACUCACUCACUCUUUCUGCCGUCCGCCUCUCCAAACCAACUCAUCAACCCAAAAAACAAGGGGACGGAGGAAGCCGGCGAGAUCCUCGGAGCUGUGCCAGAGCCGAUCUCGCUCCCGUCGGAUGACUCGGUGGCCGAGAGAGAGAGCGAGAGAGAGCGAAGCGCAAAGUCCCAACUUCUCCGAUGCCUCCUGGCUGCUGCGAGAGCCCCGUCUCCCUUCCACCGAUGCGCUCUUGACUCGUCCGGCAAAGACAUUCUCCAGCCUUUUGUUUUCAAGCAGCCUGUCCCGUUUGCGCCCCGAUCUGCCCGAUCUCCCGCCCGGAUCGCGGACCCGGCAAUCGAUUAUCCGGCUGCUGUUGCUGCGGAGCCCACCAUGCUGCUGAAGUUGUCUUGCCCUCCACUGCCGGCGCUGCUGCUGCUUGCAAGCUUGCAAGCGGCUGCCUCGGCCGCCGGAGUUUCCCCGGCAACUUCAGCACCUGCCUAUGAUAAAGCUGUGCAGCUCUCCAAAGUAGCAGCAGCAGCGCCGCCGCCGCCGGGCGCCGCGCCCCCCUUCUUCGUCCCGGAGCAGCAGCAGCAGCCACGCGGGUCCAGCGGCCUCGUGGAGCGAGUGGACCAGACGUACUCGGGGGGCGGCAAGGUGGGCUACGUCUUGUACGCCGGCGGGCAGCGCUUCCUGUUGGACUUGGAGAAGGACGCCCUGCUGGGCUCCGCGGAGCAGCUGCUCCAGGGCAAGGGGCGCUGCUACUACCGCGGAACCGUGGACGGCAGCGCGCAGUCCUUGGCCGUCUUCGACCUUUGCGGCGGCUUGGACGGCUACUUCGCGGUCAAGCACGCCCGCUACACCGUGAAGCCGCUGCGUCUGGCAGACGACGGCGGGGAAGGGGCCGAGGAGGAGGAAGAGGCCGCCCGAGAACGCAUCUACGACGGGGAGUCCGCGCGGGUAGCGCAUCUCUUCUCCAAGGAGCACUUCAGCUUCCAAACGGUGCCUUCUCGGCCCAGCUGCGAGACGCGCGGCUCGCCCAAGGCGCAGUUUCUGGACCAGAAGAAGCUGGGCCUGCGGCAGGAGGAGACGGAUUUCACCACCAGGGCGGCGCUGUCGGGAACCUUCUCCCCGCCGGCCGGUUCCAGAAACAGAAAGCGACGCUCCAUCUCGCGGGCCAGGCAGGUGGAGCUUCUGCUGGUGGCCGACGACUCCAUGGCCAAGAAGUACGGCAAGGGUCUCCAUCACUACCUGCUGACCUUGGCCACCAUUGCCUCCCGCCUCUAUGGACAUGCCAGUAUUGAAAACCACAUCCGCCUAGCGGUGGUGAAGGUGGUGGUGCUGGGGGACAAGGAGAAGGGCUUGGAGGUGAACAAGAACGCGGCCACCACCCUCAAGAACUUCUGCAAGUGGCAGCACCAGCACAACCAACUGGACGACCAGCAUGAGGAACAUUACGACGCUGCCAUCCUCUUCACCCGUGAGGAUUUAUGUGGGCACCAUUCAUGUGAUACUCUGGGAAUGGCUGACGUUGGAACCAUAUGCUCUCCUGAGCGCAGCUGUGCAGUGAUUGAAGAUGACGGCCUCCAUGCGGCUUUUACGGUGGCUCACGAAAUUGGACAUCUCCUUGGACUUUCCCACGACGACUCCAAAUUCUGUGAGGAGAACUUUGGUUCCAUGGAAGAUAAGAGGCUUAUGUCUUCUAUCUUAACAAGCAUUGAUGCUUCUAAACCCUGGUCCAAAUGCACUUCAGCAACAAUAACAGAAUUUCUGGAUGAUGGCCAUGGUAACUGUUUACUGGAUCAACCACGAAAACAGAUCUUGGGCCCUGAGGAGCUUCCAGGACAAACAUAUGAUGCCAUUCGUCAAUGCAAGCUGGCAUUUGGGUCUGAAUACACAGUGUGUCCUGGAAUGGAUGUGUGCUCUCGUCUGUGGUGUGCGGUUGUUCGCCAAGGUCAGAUGGUGUGUUUGACCAAAAAACUCCCUGCUGUGGAGGGGACGCCAUGCGGAAAAGGAAGGAUCUGCCUUCAGGGGAAAUGUGUUGAUAAAACAAAGAAAAAAUAUUACUCGGCUUCAAACCAUGGGAACUGGGGUUCCUGGGGACCAUGGGGACAGUGCUCUCGCACAUGUGGUGGAGGUGUUCAGUUUGCAUAUCGUCACUGCAAUAACCCUGCACCUAGAAACAAUGGCCGGUAUUGCACAGGAAAGCGGGCAAUCUAUCGCUCCUGUAAUGUCCUGCCGUGUCCUGCCAAUGCUAAAGCUUUUCGCCAGGAACAAUGUGAAGCAAGAAACGGUUACCAGUCCGAUGCAAAAGGUGUCAAAACCUUUGUAGAAUGGGUCCCUAAGUAUGCAGGAGUGCUGCCGGGAGAUGUUUGCAAGCUCACUUGCCGAGCCAAAGGAACUGGCUACUAUGUAGUUUUUUCUCAAAAGGUGACUGAUGGAACGGAAUGCAGGCCGUACAGUAAUUCAGUCUGUGUCCGUGGCAAAUGUGUGAGAACAGGAUGUGAUGGCAUUAUUGGCUCGAAGCUGCAGUAUGAUAAAUGUGGAAUCUGUGGUGGAGACAAUUCCAGCUGCACAAAAAUUAUGGGAACCUUUAAUAAAAAAAGUAAGGGCUACACAGAUAUUGUGAAAAUACCAGAGGGAGCAACACACAUCAAAAUCCGACAGUUCAAAGCAAAAGACCAGAGUAGAUUCACAGCUUACUUGGCCCUGAAAAAGAAAAAUGGUGAGUACCUUGUCAAUGGGAAGUACAUGAUCUCAACCUCAGAAACCAUCAUCGACCUCAAUGGAACUGUCAUGAACUAUAGCGGCUGGAGUCACAAGGACGAUUUCUUGCAUGCAAUGGGACAUACAGGCACAAAGGAGAUCCUUAUUGUACAGAUUCUUGCAACUGACCCAACAAAACCAUUGGACGUCCGUUACAGUUUUUAUGUGCCAAAGAAGCCAACCCAAAUGACAAACUCUGUCACCAGCAACAGCAGCAGUAACAAACUGGCGACGCCGCUCACCCAACCCCAGUGGGUAACUGGACCAUGGCUUUCUUGCUCUCGAACAUGUGACACAGGCUGGCACACAAGAACUGUCCAGUGCAAAGACAGAAAUGAAAAAUUAGCUAAAGGGUGUCUUCUGUCUCAAAGACCUUCAGCAUUCAAGCAGUGCUUGCUCAAAAAAUGUUAACCUGUGGUUCCAUCGGCUUCUUAAAAAGGAGCCUCAUUAAGUCAUAGUUGACAUGUUGACAUAAGGUCUACCCCGGCACAGAGAAAAGCCAACACUUCAAUAUGCUUUCAUGUUGUCUCAAAUUAUGGGCAGAAUCUGCCUAUUUGGACCAAAUGAAGAUAUGCACUGCUCUGAGUCAUAGUGAGGUGAUCUUGAUAUGUCAAAGGCACUAAACAUUAGUUGCUACAAGCCCUUUGUAUCUGCAAAUAAGAAGAGGAUAAACCAGUGAAUCAUCUCCCUUAUCUCACCUACCUCUAACACAGUAUGUCCUUAGACAACUUGUCAUACUUACCCACAAUACCACAAUAGCUUUUUAUACUAUUUGUAAAUAUCUCUGCUUUGGUAUGUCACUUUAUAAUCACUUGAUCAUCUUGUGGAAGAACAGACCUUUCUAUACGACACAAGUGAUUGACCAAAGUAUGUCUACAGCCAUUGAGGACUCCACUCUUUCAAAAAUGGCUGCGGAUAUUUUACUGGAAAGUUAAAGAGCUUGCUGCUUUAUUUAAAAAAAAAAAAGAUUUAAUUUUUGACAAAAGGAAAUGCAUUUCCAUCCUAGGAAUUUCCUGACAAGACUUUAUUUCUGUAUUAAUGCCUUUCUAACCAGAUAUUCUCAUACAAGUGGACCUCUGCAGCA